UCAUUCACGGGAUUGUCAAGGGACAUCGAAUUGCAUACGAACAGGCCCUCUUUUAGUCCUGCUCCUAAAAAUACGACGAUCAACCAGCUAAACGGUAAGCACUUACAGGUCCCGGAACGGUCUGCUGUCGCGAGCCGCACUCAAAUCAAUCUAGCUAAGUAUAUGUAUGUGUUUUGGAGCUCCGUUGCGCCAGCUUUUCUUCUCGUGAGAAGAGUCCUUCAAAUGGCGCGGUAACGAUUCAGCGGCGACCUCCAAAAUCGAUAAAUGUCCGAAUACGUUAGAUUGGGGUUGACGACCGAUCAACAUCCACAAGCCCUGCAAGUGUCUGUUGAGACAGGCCUGAUGUCUCUGCUAGAGGACACCAAAUUAUACGCUAUCGAAGCGAUUGUUGGGGGUGAAGCUAUAGCUCAAACGAACCACAGCUGUUCCGUUUUUCCUUUUUUUUUUUGAAUUUAGUUUAUUUUCCUGUACUUCGAGCUUAGCUCCAAGGAGGCAAAUAAAAAAAAACCCCCAAAAGAAGGUUGUGAAGAAGCCUGCUCACAGCGUCCGAUUCAAGCGGCGCAUUAAUAUGAAACGCAAAGAAAAGGGGGAAAGAAAUUGAGAUUGAAGAGAAAUAGUGGAAAGGACGAAGCGAAAUGAGAGAAUGUUAGACGACUGAUAAUGAUCGGCCUGAGAACGGAUAUUAGAAGGACAAUGCUUUUCCUCUAUCCGAUCUGCCAAUAUCCGCGGACCACUUUUGCUUCGCUCUGCGAGCACACGCGAAUUCAGGUCCAGGUUGCCUGUGUGGUAACUGUUCAGCUCGUCGGAACGCCAGAGCUCACCGAUGUUGGAGCUCUUAUUCUUUGUUUGUUUCUUUUCUUUUCUUUUUUCCCCUCGUGGACGGGGACCUUUUUUUCACUACGGCGGAGAAGCGAUUCAGGGGCAACGCAAAAGCAAAGCUGCAGGCUUUCCAGAAUUCCCCCACUGCUCUAAGUGCCUUUUAGGUUAGGUUGGGCGCCGAACAAUGCUUCUGAGUGGAUGAAGUGCUUGCCGUUUUUGCUCUUGUCGUCGGGGGACACUAGCCGGUUUUGCGAUUACAGUAAAGUUACUCAGAAGUACCCUCCGGACUCAACUCUAGAAGAGCUCUGCGAUUGAAAAAGGGGGGUGUUGUACAUGGAUCCAGGAUCAUAGCUAUACUUGAGAAUCCUGGAGGCAAACAUUUUUCGAGCGAACCAGGCCAUUGAUGCCAUAGGCGAUCCUCAUUCAACUUACCUCAUCCGUGGGAUUUCUCGUGGUAUACUUACCGAGUAUCUGAAAGUAAA